UCUGUAUCAGACUUCAGGCGCCAGACCAAAGGCGGCUCCUGGCAAGGAACUGGGAGGAAGAGGAACAUUAGCAGCCCUCUGGAAACCAUCAAAAUCGAAGACACAGAGGGUCCACAGAUUGUCCCCCUACCCCCUUCCUGAGAGCAGCCAUGGCCCUGACGGACCUCGAUGUGCAGAAACAGAUCAAACACAUGAUGGCUUUCAUCGAGCAGGAAGCCAAUGAAAAGGCAGAGGAGAUCGAUGCCAAGGCGGAGGAAGAGUUCAACAUCGAGAAAGGCCGCCUCGUGCAGACCCAGCGACUGAAGAUCAUGGAUUAUUAUGAGAAGAAGGAGAAACAGAUAGAGCAGCAGAAAAAAAUCAAGCUGUCCACCAUGAGAAACCAGGCACGGCUCACAGUCCUGAGAGCCCGAGACAAUCUCAUCUUGGAACUGCUCAAGGAUGCGAAGUUAAGACUCAGUAGAAUUGUGUCAGACCCAGAUAUUUAUCAGGAGCUGCUGGAUAAACUCGUGCUCCAAGCCUUGCUCCGGCUGCUAGAGCCUGUAAUGAUCGUCCGCUGCAGGUCACAGGACCUCCACCUGGUGGAAGCUGCCGUGCAAAGAGCCAUUCCUCAGUACAUGAUUCUCUGCCGGAAGCAUUCGGAUGUCCAGGUUGACCAAGAUGCCUACUUGUCUUCGAAUGCCGCCGGAGGGGUGGAGGUCUACAGCAGUGAUCAGAGAAUAAAGGUUUCCAAUACCCUGGAAAGUCGACUGAAUCUCGCGGCCCUGGAAAAGAUGCCAGAGAUACGAAGGACUUUGUUUGGGGGUAAUGCCAACAGGAAGUUCUUUACAUAAGGUUCUGGAAAGG